AUGCCGACAUGGCCCCGCACACUGCGUCGCCACGUCCCGAGGUCCGGGCACUCGUCGCGACAGUCUCUCACGACGCGUUCCGCCGGCCAUGAACGCGUCGACGUGCCCUGUGGCUCCUCGGGGGACGUCACGAUAGACCUCUUCAACCUCGACAACCACGGCCCUAACGCCGCCGUUGUCAUCUACCUCCCCCCGUUCCCGUGGCACAGCAGCGACAGCACGACGCCCACUUUCCUCCCCGAGCCGCUCCGACACCUUCCUGUCGCAUGCAUCAACUACCGGUGGGAGAGGGUGCGGCAUGGCCUGGCCCCCAUAGACGGCACGCCCCUGCCGGCGCAAUGGCCCGCGCCCGUGCACGAUACGGCAUUCGCCUACGCGUGGCUGAAGGAGCGGCUCGCGCCGCCGGGCGUGGGUCGCCGCAACGCCUACGUCUGCGGGUCGUUCCUGGGCGCCAGCCUGGCCGCGUCGCUAGCCCUGACCGAGUGUCACGCCCACGCCAGGUUCGGCAUAAGGGGUCUCGUGGCCCACAACGGCGUGUACAACUGGACGGCGUUCCUCCCCGGGCACCCGCUGCACAGGCGCAAGGCGACGGCGAACCCUCUCUUGGCUCCACCGCCACCCCCGCUGGCCGAGGGACUGCGGUUGCGGGAGCUGAGGCAGUUGAUGGGCGGCCUGUUCCCCGGCCCGGAAUGCCUGUUCGACCCUUUCGCCAGCCCCAGCCUCUUCUUCCACUCCCCCGGCCUCCAUGUGCCGCGCGACUUUGACGACGAUCCGUCGUCGGUGUCGUCGCCCCUAGCCGACAUGGUGUCCCGCAUGACGGGCCGGGGUGUAAACGAUGACGGGGAGAACCGAGCCGCCGAGGCCCUCAAGCCCCCGCGCAAGUCCCACCUCAUCUUCCCGCCCAGGACGUCGACGCUCAAGAUCCCCGAGACCCUUCUCCUGCACGACAGGCACGUCGUCGCCGCCGUCACCGCCGCCGCGAAGAAGGGUGGGAGGAAGCGUACCCCUGCUUCGGCCAAGAGACGCGGCAACACCUUCGCCACGCAGGCCGACGAGCUGGCCGGGUUUAUGCGUCGCAGCGUCGAAAAGGUCGAGAUCAAAGAGCGUAAGAAGUGGGACUGUGACAUGGAUGGCGGGUGGGACGCAGAGCCUGAGCGUAGGGUGCGCGUCGUGGAACUGGAUGAGGCUGAUGGGCUUGAGAUGGGGGCCGAGGGGCAGGAGACUGCUCUGAAUUGGCUUGAGGAUAGACUCAGACGGUGA